AUUAGUACAGGAAAUUGAUGAGCUUUUGUAAUACGAAUUUUUAGAAACUUAUAGUAAUUGUCGAUAAAAUAGUAUGUCUAAAUAUUCUAAAUUGACAAAUUCUAAAGCUGAAAAUUAUUACUGGGAUUAUGAUGAAAAUGAUAGUGAUGAUGAGGAUGCACAAUCAAAAGAUUCUUCUGAUGAUGACAAUUAUACUGAACGAUUGAAUUCAACUCCAUCAAAUUCAGUGACUAGUACUUUACGUCCUAAGUUCCAAAAAUUAACUUCUAGAUUGCUGAAACGUAUGCCCAAAGACAAUAAAAGAGUAUACUCAAUGGUGGGUGAAAACAAAAAUGAUGAUUUUGCUUUACCUGAACAUACCAUGAGCGAACUAACUAUGAAAUUACAAAAAAUUGAUGACAAUGAUAAAAAAAGUUUUAAAAGAGCUUUGAAGAACUUUUUAUCACCAGAAACCAUAAAUAAAUAUUCACUUGCAGCUAUAAAAUGGAAAUUGUAUUCUAUUUAUCCUGACAAAAUUAAAUUGAUUUCUAAAGUAUUGAAAAAGAAAAUUAUGGACAAAUAAAUUCUAGAAAUUAUUUUCUUCUGAGAUUUUUAAACAAUUUCUUGUAAAAAAUGAACCAGUGAAUUUUGCUAUUGAGAAAAAAAUGAGAUAGCCGGAAACGGUAGAAUUCUAUCAAUUCUUUACCGCCCUUCUGCUAUAAAUGAUGGAAUUUUUAUGAAUUCUUGGUAUUUUUCUUUCCUCUGCAGUCUUUUACGGAGGAAGAAUUUGUUUAGUUUCCAAAACCUUCUCAUAUUCUUCAUUACUUCGAAAAAUUGGACAAAGAAUGAUCGUUUACUUUUUUCCAAUUAUAGUAAACUUGUAAAAUAAUUUAAAUUCAGAAUAUUUAGUAGAAAAAAGUACAUGUAUUCGCAGAUAAUGAAGUUUAAACGAUAGUUUUAUUAUUUUAAAUACCAUGGAUCUGGGAACAUUAGAUAUUAAUAUUAUUGAAUAAACAUCCAGAGAUUCUUUAGAUGAAGAAUUCAAAGAACAAUUAUGAUAUUAAUUAUAACAGGAAAAUAUUCUCAGCUAUAACUCAUUACUGAUCAUUGAGAGAAAGUGAAUAAAUGAGUUCAUACUCUGAUCGAUUAUCACUAAUGCUGAUGAUCAUUCAAGUGAUUGAAUUUUUAA